AUGGCUUCAGCUUCUAUCGUAGGGAGUACCGGUCUUGUCGGCACCCACAUCCUCUCGACUCUCCUCUCACACCCCUCCAUCUCCAGCGUACAUUCCCUCUCCCGGCGCGCUCCCAACCCCAACAGCACCUCUCCCAAACUCCACCCGCUCACCUCUCCAGACACAGCCACAUGGGCUUCCCUCCUCUCCUCCAUCUCUCCCUCUCCCCUCCUCUUCUUUUCCGCCCUCGGAACCACAAAAGCCCAGGCAGGGAGUAUCGACGCGCAGCGCAAAAUCGACUAUGAUUUAAAUCUCGAGCUCGCAUCUACUUUUUCUCUCUCGCAGACCAGCACCGAUACCGACCCCCCCACCGAGACCCAAGAAACCCCACCCAACAAAAUCUACAUCCUAAUCUCCACCCACGGCGCCAACCCCUCCUCUCGACUCCCCUACCCCAAAAUGAAAGGCGAGCUGGAAGAUGCGGUGAAAGCUCUCCUGGAAAGCAAGGAAAAUCAGGUAAAACAUGUUAUUAUCCUGCGCCCUGGACUGAUCGUCGGCGAGAGAGAGGAUUCGCGCCCGGUGGAGUUUGUGGCGCGGAAGGUGGCGGGCUGGAUGGGCUGGGUGAAUCCUGGAUUGCAGGAUUUUUGGGCCCAGGAUGCGAGGGUGAUUGGGAGGGCGGCGGUGGAGGCGGGGGUUAGGGCGAUGGGGGGGAGGGAUGGAGAGGGGGAGAUUCCGAGGGUGUGGGAGUUGGGGCAGAGGGAUAUUGUUAGGUUGGGGAAGAUGGAGUGGAGGGGGGAGUGA